GCGUCAGUCAGUCGCGCAGCGAGCGCUAUACCACAAGUACGUCGGGUGGCGCCGCGCCCGCCCGCUGCGUGCUAGUGUUGUGUCACAGCGUUGGGCCAGGUCGGUUUCGAGAUAACUUCGUCCCGACUUCAUAAUGGCUCUUAAUUCGGAUGGUGAACAGAAAUCGAACCUGGUCCUCCGUGUGGACCAGGAUUCGGACUCGGUUCUGCAGUCAUUGUUCGACACAGUGCUCAAGCCGGACUCGAAACGACCGCUACAGGUGCCUCUGCGUAUGCGACAGCUUCCAAAGUCGUUCUUUAACCCGCCGUCGACCGGUUCCAAGUCGCCAUCUGUGUCUCACUCGCGAGAAAACUCGGCUGACUCGGCGUUCGGAUCGUCGUCUGCGACUGGCGCCGCACCGGUGUCGCACUCUCGGGCUCACUCCUCACCUGCGAGUUUGCAACAGACAUAUGCUGCUGGGCAACAGAAUCAACAGCCACCGCUACACCAUCAGCACUCAAAACAAAGGUCCUACGACGUUGGCACACAUAUCCCUGAUGAUUUGGGUCCUCUGCCAGCCGGUUGGGAACAAGCUCGUACUCCUGAAGGGCAAAUUUACUAUCUCAAUCACAUAACAAAGACGACGACAUGGGAGGACCCGCGCAAGUCGCUCGCAGCACAGGCGGUGGCGCAGGCGCAGCACCAGAGCGCCGAGACGUUGCUCUCACAGACCCCCGCACAGACCAUCCCCUCGCCCACCACACCAGCGAAGAGCACAAGCAGUAGCACGCCAUCGGACCCGUUGGGACCGCUGCCCGAGGGCUGGGAGCAGGCGGCCACUCCGGAGGGUGAGAUCUAUUUCAUCAACCACGCGGCUCGCACUACCUCCUGGUUCGACCCUAGAAUACCACAACACUUGCAGCGCACGCCGGCGGCAAACGCGGGCGCAGCGGGCGGCGGCUGGGCCAACGCAUCGAUACAGGCGUGUCAGCAGAAGCUGCGCCUGCAGUCACUACAGCUCGAGAGAGAGCGGCUCAAACAACGCCAGCAGGAGAUCAGACUCCAGCAAGAGCUGAUGGCGCGACAGGCGUCGUCGAUCGUAUCCUCGCUAGCCAGCAGUACGGGCGCGGUCGCUAGCACGGAGCUGCCUUUAGACCCGUUCCUCUCCGGCCUGACAGACCACCAGAGACAGGAGUCAGCUGAUAGCGGGCUCGGCAUGGCUGUCUCUCAGUCCUACUCCAUGCCACACACGCCAGAGGACUUCCUAGCGGGCAUGGACGACCGCAUGGAUUGCACCAGCGAGGCCGGUGCCAAUAUUGACUCCACCGACAUCGCGCUCGGCGACAACAUCGAUUCCACGGACGAUUUGGUACCGUCUUUACAGUUGAGCGAGUUCACCAACGACAUCCUGUUGGACGACGUACAGUCGCUGAUCAACUCGACGCCGAGCAAGCCGGACAAUGUGCUCACUUGGUUGUAGGCGGCACCUCCGCGGCGACCCUAGUGCACGCUCAAUACCUACAAACUUUCAAGUUAGGUAUCGCCAGUCUAGUACUUACCGCUUCAAACGUCGACCGCUAUAGUGUCGGUGGCCAAACGGUAACGGUGUAAAUUUCACUAUGGAAAUGACAAUAGCGUAUCGUGUGUAUGGAGUGAUGCGUCGUGCAAUGCCGUGUAUGGUCGUGUCUCGCAGCCGGGUCCGCCGGGCCCGCCCUGCGCGCUUACUCUGCAGAAUUCCUUUUGUCGUCUCGGCAUUUAUUAGAAUGAGAUAGAAACAUUGAAUUCUGUAUAGUAAGCGAAACUUUAUACAAGUAGAAUUUUGCGUGUCUUGAGUCUGAGGUAACGAUGCACGUGAUCAUACUAAUUGAAGUUUAUAAAGUGUAAUUGACGUCCUUUAUUGUUAACGAUGUUUUAUAAACAGUAUAAGGGCAUUCAAGGUAGCUUGCGACUGCGAAGUAACGUUAAUAUAGUCGCUCGCAAGAAAGUAAGCGGGUGAUUCAUUUGCAGUCGCACGCUACCUGUUUGAUUCAGUUCAAAAUGUAAAAGGGCUAAGUAAAUUUAAGUAGGCCAUGACUAUCAUAAUGGCUAGUCAUAUUUAGGAAGUAGAUCGACGACUGCGGUGCUGCAAGCCCUCUUUCCUCGCGGAAAGUGCCGCGUUGCAACCGAUUACACGUAAUCUUGGGUUCCCAUAUUCUUUCGCUAAGAUUAUCGGAAAUCCUCGUUGCCCACACCGAGUAUACGAAGUGUUCGAUACUCGCGCGAUUAUUAUCUUUAUCUCUAUUGAUAAAAUUAAGAUUGUGAUAACAUCUUGACGUAACAGUGCCUUAUUGUGCCUUUAUAAAAUGUAUUUAUUGCGUUUUGUAACUUAGAUAAUGUUAAAAUAUUUCUACACUUUUUCUAUGUUCAAGUUUAUUGCUAUAUUGAUAAAUUGGACAUAAUUAAACAUUUUAUUAUAGUGAUGUGUUUUGUCUACUUACCGUCCUUGUGUAUUUUCGAGAUUAUGGUAUAGAUGUUAAGUUUUAUAGUUAAUCGUGAAUUAGACAAUAAUGUUGGCAACUAUUAUCAUUAUUAUAAUGUUUGGUUGGUGAGCAAUAUGCAUGUUUAUGGGUGCAGCUAGCUUAAUACGUGGAGCGAGCGUCGGCGCCGCCGCUAGUACCGGUAGCUGGUUGCCGGCGCUCGCGCGUGCGCAGUGCAAUAUCGUGACUGAUGUCUUCUACGGAUUCGAUAUCCUAACUUGGUGCCAACUGUGAAUGUUUAUCUUAAAACAUAUUUUCGAUAUUUUUACUAUUACAUAAGUAUUACAUCUUUAAUUUUAUCUUAGCGAUUGUUCUGUCUUUGUCGCCGAUAUCAUCUUAGAUAGAGCCGUUUAUCUUCUCAAAAUUGUGUUUAGCCCACCUAGUCUUUAGAUUUUUGUGUGAGUGUAAUGAAUUCAGCUAGCUCGAUUGAAAAUUAUGUUAUCGAAUUAGGCCUUUAUUGAUUAAAUGCUACAUUGAAAACUUUGCCAUAUUAGUAAAAGUACUAUUAUUAUUUUUAUAAGACUUAAUGUAAUCUUCGAGUUAUGAUAAUAGCAGUAUAGCAUCCUGUAUAACUUGUAACUAGGAGUAAUGGUGCUGGGUUUAUGAUACAGUUUUAAUUUUGUAUUCUGUAGAUCCGUUCGUUGUACUUUAUUUUGUAUGUCGUGUAUUAAUUCUAUUAUCCGGUAAGUAGCGAUGCUUCUCAUAUUGUUCGGAUAAUUAUUCUGCGACUGCUUCCUCGCUCCUUCCCGUCCCCCUACCGGCGUCUGCGCCGGCUCUCUCUCUGCUAUCAUCAACAAACAUUCCAUGUUGCUCACAGCGGGCGCCGCCCGCGCGCCCGCGCCGCGUCUCGCGCGCCCGGAACUCGCGCGUAGCUCGCGACGCACUGCGCUACAACCGUCGCAACGCGCGCGUUCCCUCGCGGACACUUUUCAGGCACUGUUUACGACGGAAUAAAUAUUCGGAACAAUAUUUCAAGUGUAAUAUAUCGUUUAUUUCAUAAGUAAGCCUUUAUUAUACAAACAUAUCUCUUCAGUCUGACACAAGAUGCAAGUUUUCUCUGUAGUGUAUGUAAUAUUACGUUUAUCGAUGAAAUUAAAUGUGUCAAAAUACCUAAUUAAUUUACAAUAAUUUCAUUGUAAAUAAUUCGAUAUUCUUAUAUGAAUUAAAUAAAUAUUUGUUUUAAUACCUA